AUGGCAGUUUCGCCGAACAUGCUCCAAUUCAUUAUGUUAGGAAUCAUUACUGUAUUCGGAAUCGUUACAUUUGCACUUGCUGCAGCUAGUGUUGGUACUCUUAAUAAACGUGAUAAUGAAUUCAAACAACAACUUAAUGCUCUUUCUGAGCAAAUAGCAAAUUUGAAGAAUUCUACAACAACAACAACAAUACAAACAGGACCGACGUCAACAACAACAACAUCUGGAUCUUCAUCCUCAUCCGAGGGAACAAGUACCAUUAUCAAUACAAGUCCAUCUGGAUCCACUGCAUCACAAGCUGUGUCUACUGGUUCUGGACUAAGUACCACCCACAACACAUCUCCAACAUCGUCGUAA